GUGAAGCAGGUGUAGACUGUGGCCACCAGCAGGGGGCGUAAAGGAUUCCGCGCCCGUCCUCUCUGCAGGCGGUUUCACUUGAAGCAAAAAUGUCAAGUUUCCAGAGAGAAAAUGACGCUGCUGUAUCGCUUUUCAGAAGACUUGAGUCUGCAGUCACUCCCAUCGUGUCCGGAGAGUACAGUCAGCAUCGGGACAGAGCGGCCAUGGCAUCCCGGGUGUCGUUCACCCAGCUGCGGUUGGAAGCGGAGCUGGAUCGGUACCGGGCCGAAUGUCAGUGGGACAGGAUCCCCCCUAUCAUCGAACACAUGCAGGCUGCACGCAUGCACGAAGAUGACGAUUAUAGGAUGUUGCUAUUGGCCGAGGCACUUCUUGAAGAGUGCCUGCAAGAAAAUAUGGACCUAUUACGGCGAUCCACACCUUUGAUGGACACGACGCAACCCAGAUUAUGCUACCUUAACACCAUCCUAAGUCGAGGCCGUCUCACGCCCCGCUACUUGAAUGAGGCUCUACUCCUGAUGGCCAAAGUGCACUAUGUGCAGGGGCGCCACCGCGAUGCCCAGGGAAUGUGUGCAAGGGUGGGACUGGAGGAGCUUACACGUGACGACCAACCCACCUACCACCUGCGCCUGCUGGCUGAGGCCUUCAUCAUUAAAGGUUUGUCUCUGGACCACCAGGCACUUUCUUCAGUGUCUCGUAUCCGUCUGCUGGAGAGGGAGGAAGAGAGUCUUUCCUGUUACCUCAAAGCUUGUGACGCUGCUCUGUCCUACCUGCAGGAGCUUGAUAAGGGACACCAAUCACUGGGAACUCCUCCAGCCCUUCAAGAAGCCCUCCCUCCUGAUUGAUGCUGUGAUCCUCCUCUUCCUCUUUAAUGUGGGGGCGCUGUGGCUCCUCGUCUUCCUCUUUAAUGCCGGCGGGCUGUGGCUCCUGCUGCUCAGGUGGAAGAUGUUCUUCACUGACGUCUGCAGGACACAAAAAGACAAACACAUGCUUUAGAAAAAAAAACAGUAAGAUUGCUAAGAGAGAAUAGAAGUACUUAUUGACUGUGUUAACACGUUGAGGUUCUUUGUGUUCUCCUGUGUGUUGUGUUAAAAGUGUGUGGCUAAACAACCAAUGACAACAUGUUUUACCACGUCGUGUUUUUAUCAAGUAUCUCCAUCCACAAUUGCUGGGUUGCAAACACGUGACACCAAGAGGCAGUCCAAGUCCCUUCCGGUGAUCCGAUGGGGGGCACACAUUGACUAUGAUCACACACCCACUCCUGUUUGUACAAUGUUUUGGUACAUUAAAGCGAGCAACUGUGGAUGCCGUUGACAUGAUUUGCUCCAACUGUGUGAGCGUGCAUGGUGUGUUGCAUGAAGACAUGAAAUAGUUGAAGACAAAGUGAUCUAACAGCAGUGAAAGCUUAUCUUCCGCAUCAGACAUGCUACAUGACAAUGUAGCAGAUGAAAAUAGCGCUUCGAACAUGUCUACCUGCGUUCUUAAACCAAGUCGGUCUGAAUUAAUACAUUCUUGUCUGUGUCCUCCAUCAUUUCACUGCGCUGUCUUUCCGAGAGGCUGCAAAUUUAAUAAUUAAUUUGAUAUGCUCCCCAGUAGCCUGCAGUUCAAACAAUUUGCGACGAGAUUGCAUCGCUCUACCAGAACACUGCUUUAUUUCGAUAAAUAUUUGUUUUAAAAAGGUGAAGGUGUGUGUUCUCGUAGUCUCGUGUUCAUAAUGAGUGCGGACUUCCCCCCUCUUUUAUGUUACUUUUCCACUUUAUUCUCAUGCAACCGAGCAGGCUUUGUGAUCUCGGCGGUAUAUUUAUGGUGCUUAUUGAAUAACUGCACAUUUCAACAGUUGGAGCUUUUAGACGAAGCGGUAAGGCCAAAUGACAAAUAUAUACUUUUAUGUUUUAAGGCAAUUAUUUCUGCAUUUCACAUAUUCAUGAGCAUUAUCAAGUUCCAACCACAUUUUUGUACAAAUGUUGGUUGUUGUGGCUCAUUGCAAACUGGAGCCUCGGCUCCACUCGAUGAGAAAGAUUCAGCAGCCAACUUUCCCUGAGUUUUUUUUUUUCCCCGAAAUCCCUAUUUGAACGAUUUCCACAUGCUAGAACAGCGCACGUAUGCAGCAUUUUCGCUGUGACGUUACAUGACUUCUACCUGCAAACACGCUUGCUUGCCCCCCAUCUGCUUGAGCCGGUGACGACUGUAACCGGAAGUGACGCCACGUGUAACCCAGCAACUGACUGCAGUGUAAAAUAUCAAGACUCUGCUUUGGUGAUUGUGCGAGCUUUGUGUAAACAUGUUGGUACGUUGUUACAAGCGGAGAGUAACAUCAACCUCAUAAAUAUGUCUCGUUUUCUGAAACAACACCAUCGAAACAAAGUGCCUCAUCCUUACAGGACAACCUCUUUGGGGAUACUGUUAAUAAUAAAAUAUGAAGUUAGUAAACUAGUGAGAGUACGAGUAAAACAAACCUGCUGUGUGUAACACAACUUCGUGCUUCUCGACAACAGCGUCCAGUAGUUGACGUGGUCGCGCGUUCUCUUUUGUUUGGGAAAGUUCCUGCUCGUACUCUGCUAUCGUUCUUUCGCACAUGUUCACACAAUCACAACACUUGGCACUCAGAUUUGAACUCUGCUGAGCGAUGUGUCAAUAACCCCCGCCUCUCUUUGUUAGCAUCGACCAAGCUAAGUUGGCUUGAGAAGCGUCGAAGUGCGCUGCCGCUAAGACUAAUGAUUCCGGAUGCAAACCGUUAUUAACGAUGUUUACUGUGUGACAAGACGCACAUGUGCACGUGUACGCAUGCAUUAAGAACACAAAACAAUCACGACCGUAGUGAUGUUGUCUUUUCCAUCAAACGCCAUCUUGGUUUUUCAUCGCCUUGCUUUAUUCGGCGGCUUUACCAUGCAUGACCUUACAGUACUGCCAUCUAUCGGUAACUUUUGGCUAACACACGAUACAAUGAUGACGAUACGGUACAGUCAUGGAAAAAAUUAUUCUUCAGUUUAUUGAUCCAUUUUAAUGCCUGGUACAACUAAAGAUACGUUUGUUUGGACACAUAUAAUGACGAUAACAAAUAUAGCUCAUAAGAGUUUAAUUUAAGAGCUGAUAUCUAGCAACUUCCAUGGUUUUCUUGAUCAUAACCAAAACCACUUAAGUUCUUUCAUGAAUAGCUAUAGUAUUGCACUGCCUCUUUUUGUUGUCAUUGUCAUAUUUGUCCAAACAAAGGUACUUUUAGAUGUAUCAGGCAUUCAAAUGAACAAGAAACUGAAGAAACAAGGGUGGUCUAAUCAUUUUUUCCUUGACUGUG